GACAAACUAUGAAGAAGCACUUGAAAAAGUGAAAGGCAUGCAGUACCUCACAAAGCCUGCCUUCAAAGAAAAGGAAACACAGCUUUCAAAGUUGGAAACUGCACUUGGAAAAGUGAAGAAACAACUUGCAAAAGGUGACAAGGGAAAGGUCAACAUCACCAAAGAUCUCUUGAAAGAAGCUGUGGCCACCAUGUCAGAAGCCAAAGAGGAAGCCAAGGCACAGACCAACCAACCUGUGCAAAAUGAUUGCUUCUGGCUGCUGGUGCUUCUUGGGGUGGCUGGGUGGUGGUUAGCAGAACAAGCAAUGCUGGAUGGCUGCACCCACCCAGAGGUUUGUGAUGUAGCAAGGGCAGGGAGCCAUGGCCUUUAUCCUGGCUAUGUGCACAGGGACCUCAUGGCCAGGUUUGUCAAGGGUGUUUUUGUGCCUGAGCCAAUGCAGGUCCCAGUCCAGCGUCUCAACCCCAAAUCCUUGAAAAAGGAAAAGGAAGAAGCAGCAGUGAUCCUUCCACACAUGCUAUUCUCCAGCUUGGCAACACUGCCCAACUUCAAUGAGCAGGGGGCCAAAGGUGAGGAGGGAGUGGAGGUUGAACAGGCCACACCUUUGAGAAAGGGAAAGGUCAUGGUUGAUUUCCAUUGGACCCUGGAAGUCGAUGGGAAGAUCACACCUGGAAACAGGUCUGCCAUGGAGCUACUCUUGGAAAAGGGGGUUGAAGUUGUGGUUUGCUCCUGGUGCUUCACCCACAGGAGAAAAGAAGUGCUUGCCACUCUUGAAAAAGAGGAUUGGUUCAUCAAGGUGACCUUCAUCAGCACUACAGAAAGAACUGGUGCUGGUGGGAAAGCAUCCCUGUGCAAACAAUAUGGCUGCACCACCAUCUUUGAGGAUGGGAUGGACAUCCUCAAGGAAUGCCACCAACAGGGCAUUGAGGUCUACUGCAUCAGAAGCCCAGGUAAAAGUUACAGCUGGGUUUCUGACCAAGGCCUGCCCCUGUAUGCCUCCUUCUCAAAAGCUGUCAGCCAGGAGUUCCAGCAGAAUGAAGAUGAAUAUGAAAGUUGGAACAACUUCUUGGAAAAGGAAACACAGCUUUCAAAGUUGGAAACUGCACUUGGAAAAGUGAAGAAACAACUUGCAAAAGGUGACAAGGGAAAGGUCAACAUCACUAAAGAUCUCUUGAAAGAAGCUGUGGCCACCAUGUCAGAAGCCAAAGAGGAAGCCAAG